AACAAGGUAGAGGUAAAGGUAGAGGUAGAGGGCAUUCUUCAUUGCAUCAUGCAAUGCCGCAAAGGUCUACUAGGGCAUCAGCAGCAUUGGCUCCCAUUAAUCAAUCAUCCAAUGAGGCACCUACUUCAACUCCUGAGGUGCAGAUAAAUUUUCCUAUUGUUUCUGAUGAUAGCCCUACCCCUUCUAACUCUGUUUGUGGUGGACUUUUGAUGGGUGAAAAUGAUGGGUCUACUAAAUCAAGUAGUAGAGGGCCUAGCGUGGGACUACCCUACCCUCUAAAUCCGAAUGACAAACUGCAUUUGACACCAAUAAAUGCAGAUGUUUUUGUUGAGAAGGGGUCAGAACGACAGUUACUUGCAUUAUAAAAAAAACAUUUCAAAGGUCCUUGGCCGACAUGGAGAAAAGUUCCUAGUGAUGUGAAGGAAAUGAUGUGGAAGACAUUUUAGUAUAAAUUUUAUUAUAUGAUUGUUUUGUUAUUUAUUUAAAUUAAGAAUUUUUUUAACAAUAUUCUUUUCAGGAGUAUUGUAAAUGGAACCUUGAACAUAACUGUAAAAUCAAAAGUGUAUUUGAUAAGACUGGCAAAACAUGAUUAAGGGACAUGCUGUCGGAUGAGAGGAUGAAGGCAAUGAAAGAAGUUGGUGCUACUAGCAUUAAAGAAUGCAAAGGAAUGGAAAGGAAGUGGAUCAAAAAGGAUGUGUGGGAUGCCCUCCUCAUCGAUAAUGAAUGGGGAAUAGAUGCAUGGCAAUCUAAAUUAGGAAAAGCAAAGGCAAACCGCUUAACAGAGAAAAAAGGAAGUAUUACAAAGCACACGGGCGGUUCACGACCCUUCGUUGUUCAUGGCAUCAAGUUGGCUAAGAAGCAAGGUAGGGAGGUAGGAUAUUCAGAAAUUUUUCAGGCUACACACAAACUCAAAGGUGGAGAAGGUGAAUUUAUAGACAACAAGUCAAGAGUUUUCAAUGAAAAGUAUAAUGCUGCAUUGGUCAACAAAUAUGGUGAUGAUAUCUCUGUCCAUCCAAGUUUCAAUGGUCAGUCAUUGUAUGAUGUAAUUGGGGGAAUGAAGGCUACACGCACAAGUGUAUAUGGCUUUGGGAGUAGGGUAGACUCAAGAUAGUUGUUUAGUGCGGCAUCUACAUGUCCUUCCACAUCUGAUUCAGCUUGUGGACCUUCAACCUAUUAACCUUUUGCAACAAAUGAAUCCAUGUUGCAAACCCAGCAACUUGCAGAGAAAGUUGAGAAUUUAGAAAAUACAGUUCUUGAGAUUCAACAAGGUCAAGUACGGUUACAAAGUAAAUUGGAUAAAAUCUUGGAGUUGGUGGAACGCGGUAAUCCAACAUUAUUCUCUCAAACAAGCCAAUCGGGAAUUAAUUCAAGGGAUGGCACUACCAGAGAUGGUGGAGAAGAUGCAUAAGUAGACUGAGAUGAACUUUAAAAUGGUGUUGUUGACAUUUGUUUUGUUGGAGUACUUUUAAAACUAUUUUAAUAUUUCUGAUGAUUGCUUGCAACUUUAUAACUUCAUAUACUUUACAUGAGUUGUUGGAUUGUAUUAUGAAUUUAUGUUUUA